AAAAAGAGAUAAUCUUCAGUUAGAAGUGAUGCUAUUUGAAAGAGCUUACAAUUGCUGUGAGGCAUCAUUGCGUUUGUUUAGAGUUGCUGGAGUCACUUGGCAAAUUCAAGAAUGAAAAUGAGAAGGUAAAAAGGGAGGACAGAUCUUGAGAAAGAGAAAUAUGCAUGAUAAUCAUGAUUUCUUGUGAGAAUUAUAUUUGCAGACUUUGCUGAGAAAGAUCUUGCAAAACUCGUUGUAGCUUGAAAUCCAAAGACAUGGUUGAAUAAAAACUUGAAUUUUCAUGUGUAUAAACUGCAUAGAAGAUUCAAUCUGUGGGAGUGAGGUGUGCAAAACAUUAGAAUACCUUUUUCCUUGUCUAUUAUACACAUAAAACUAGUUUUACGAGUUUCAUCUUUCUCAAUUGAUGAAUAUUAAGAAAGCCGCAUCAUCUUGCAUGAAAAUUCUGUAAAAAGAUAGACUGGGUGUCGAACCCUUGAUAUCAUUAAGGAGGGUAUUACAAGGUGUGAAAAAUCAAAAUUAUUCAAGACUGUAAUAGUUGAACAUGUCUAGCUGAUAGUGAUAUGAUUUAAUAUGUUUCAUUGAUAUUUCAAAUAGUUCAAUUAUUUAUCUUUAGUUUGAUGGUCUAUUACAUUAUAUGGGGAUUGCACUUGUCAAAAAAUAAUAAGUGCCCGAUACAAUUAACCAUUGCUCAUUGAUUAAAAAAAAAAAAAGAAUACAAAAAGAAGAAAAUAUAAAGAAUGUGUCAAUGUGAAUGCUCCUUUUAAGGAAUCCGGUGCAAAGACGUUAUAUAAUCUAUGUUACAAGAUGACGGUGUCAUUCUACCAUACAUGUUUUUAGUUCCAUCCUCAAAACUUUAUAUUAACAAUGUAGCAUACGAAUAAAAAAUUUAUAUAAAAUUUGUAUGAUAAUAAUGCAGGUUAUUAAUGAUUAUGUGUUGAGUAAAAUAUUUGUCAAAGUGACUUAUAAUUAAAAAAGUAUAUCAAUCCCUAGCACAAGAAAUUUGGUGAUUUUUUGAUAAAGUUAAAAUAGGGUUUAUCUUCCGAAUUGCCAUGUAUUCAGAUUUGAAUACAUGCUAGCAUGUUAUUGAAUUGUGGCAUUUCAAUUGUUCCCCAAGUGAAAUCAUCCAUAUUGUUGCUUUGACUUAACCUUGGCAAACAAUAAAGUUCAGACAAAAUUUGGCUAGACUUUUGAUGGCUGUAUAUAAUAUAGAUGACUGGAAAUUCUAGUUUGGCCCCUCUUUGAUAAUAGAAUACGUCUCUCAAUCCAUCCUGGCUAACAUGGGAAGAACAGAGGCAUCCUGACCAUAAUCCUUCCACAAAAUAGUUAUACUUCUCCAUUGUCGAAAAAACAGAGCAAACAUGGGGAUCAGACACACUUACUUCUCUUCCCUGCUACUGUUCCUCAUCUUCCACCCUCAUCAUAAUCACCAUUCACGAGCUCAGCAAGCUCCAAACACCACAGGCUUCACCUGCACAGCCAACCAAAACCAGAACCAGUCCACUUAUCCUUGCCAAACUUAUGCUUUCUACCGAGCCGCGGCUCCUGAUUUCCUUGACUUAGCCUCUAUAGCCGACCUCUUCUCGGUGAGCCGCCGGAUGAUCUCUAUCCCCAGCAACAUCUCCUCUCCGGCCGCCCCUCUCCACCCCAACCAGCCGCUCUUUGUUCCAUUGACAUGUUCCUGCAACUCCAUUAACAACAGCCUCAGCCUCUCCUAUGCCAAUCUCACUUAUACUAUCAACAAAGGUGACACCUUUUACUAUGUCUCCACCAGCCACUUCCAAAACCUCACCACCUUUCAAUCUGCGGAGAUUGUCAACUCAAAUGUCUCCCCAGAUCUCCUCCAGAUCGGCCAAACCGUCAUUUUUCCAGUCUUUUGCAGGUGUCCCAGCACUACCCAGUUGCAGAAACAAGCCUAUUUUCUUGUCAGCUAUGUGUUCCAGCCUUCUGAUAACUUGUCUUCUAUAGCUUCAAGGUUUGGUUCAACAACAGAGUCUAUAGUUGAUGUCAAUGGGGAUAGUGUCCGGCCUUUCGAUACAAUCUUUAUUCCUGUUUCAAGGCCUCCCCAGCUAAAACAGCCCACUGUUGGUGCUGCAUCAUCUGGGAAGAAUGACCAGAAAGGUGUCAUCAUAGGAUUGGCAAUUGGGUUGGGAAUUUGUGGGACCUUUCUGGUUUUGGCCAUUGGCUUGUGGGGUUACAGAGAAAACUUGUUGAAGAAGAGGAAGAUAAUGGACAGAGAUGAAGAGUGCCGGCAAAUGGGUAGGGAAAAAAAGGUGGUCUUGUCAAUGGAGGUGGAGAAGGUGAAGGUGAAUCUGAUGGCUGAUGUAUCAGACUGCUUGGAUAAGUACAGGGUGUAUAGAAUUGAAGAACUGAGAGGAGCAACCGAUGGGUUUGAUCAAAGAUGGGUGAUUCAGGGGUCUGUCUACAAAGGCUGCAUUGAUGGGGGCGUAUAUGCAAUCAAGAAAAUGAAUUGGAAUGCUUCUGAAGAGUUGAAGAUUUUGCAAAAGGUAAACCAUGGCAACUUGGUGAAGCUAGAAGGAUUCUGCAUCGACCCCGAAGAAGAAGCGAAGUGCUACGUCGUCUACGAGUUCGUCGAAAACGGAUCGCUCCAUUCAUGGCUGCACGAACGCAAGGGCGCCGGGCUAAGCUGGAAAACCAGGCUGAGAAUCGCCGUCGACGUAGCUAACGGACUACAGUACAUCCACGAGCACACGCGGCCACAAGUCGUCCACAAAGACAUCAAGACCUGCAACAUCCUCCUGGACGCCACCAUGCGAGCCAAGAUCGCCAACUUCGGCCUCGCGAAGUCUGGCUGCAACGCCGCCACCGCUAGCAUCGUCGGAACCCAGGGCUACAGCGCGCCGGAGUACCUCGCCGGCGGGGAGGUCUCGGCGAAGACGGACGUUUUCGCCUUCGGGGUGGUCCUGCUGGAGCUGGUUUCGGGGCGGGAGGCGGCGGACGGCGGCUGGGGGGAGCUGCUGUGGAGGAGCGUGGAAGGGGUGUUGGAUGGAGAGGAGGAGGGGAAGGAGGAGAGAGUCAGGGGUUGGAUGGAUGGUUUUCUUCUUGAAGAUGAUGAUUGCUCAGUGGAGAGUGUUUUGAAUGUUAUGGCCGUUGCCGUCGCUUGCCUGCACAGGGAUCCUUCCCGGCGACCGAGCAUGGCGGGCAUUGUUUAUGCUCUCUGCAAGUGCGGCGAUUUGGUCUUUGAUGCCCUGCGAGUAUAGAAUUUAGAAUUUUUGUCUUUUUCUUCUUCAAAUUCCAGGUGUUCGUUAAUAAUGUAAAAUAUGUUAAUAAUUGUGGGUGAUAAUUUUUACAAAUGAUA